UCGGCUUUCUUUUUUCUGUCGAGUCUGCGUUCCUUCUUCCAUUGGAGAAAUUUCUCCAUUGAUCGUUUGAAACCCUCGGUACGUCGAAAUCGCACCUGGCGUUUUAUCGGUUUGAGAUCUUAGUGGUGGUAUCUGCAAAAGUGCUUUCUCGCGCGUCGCUGUUCUUUAGUUUCUUUGCGGUUACACGCUUUUAUUGCGGGAAGGCCCUCUCGUUCUUCCUCUCUGUGCGCCAGCGGCAGCUGCUGAAGAAAGUCUUCUGUGGAUCCUCCUAGGGUUUGCGCUAUUGACGUUAUAUAUCAAUGGAGUAUGGCCCUUCCGAUAGCAGCGGGACUGAUGAUGACCUUCCACCAUCACAUCAAAAUAGAAGUACAAGAGGUGGACUUGUUUCUCGGAAUGGCAGACCUGUUGUUGGAGGUCAUGCGUACCAAAGAGUUCAAAAUGAUAUGGAGAUCCAAAUUCACCAACUUGAACAGGAAGCAUAUAGUUCAGUUCUUCGGGCAUUUAAGGCUCAAUCUGAUGCAAUCCUCCAGGAGAAGGAAGGCCUCAUUACUGAACUACGAAAAGAACUUAGAGUAUCAGAUGAUGAGCAUAGAGAUUUGUUGAGCAGGGUUAAUGCUGAUGAAAUUAUUCGGGGAAUAAGGGAGUGGAGAAAGUCAGGCGGGCUUCAAUCAAGCUUCCUUAAUAAUGUUCAGCCCAAUCAUGAUAAUGUUCCUAGUCCUACUGUCUCAGCUUCUCGUAAGAGGCAAAAGUCUUCUCAAUUAAUGCCUCCCCUACCUCUCAGUAUGCCAUCUCCUUCAUUGCCCUCCCAGGCAAUUGGUGUCCCAAUGCAGGCAUCAUCAGCUUUAAAAAGAGGAGCAGGAGCAAGAGGCAAGAAACCUAAAUUGUCAUUGCCUGUUGCAUAUACAUCCACUGGUCCAAGUGGGAGGGGUCAAACUGUAAACAGGAGUUCUGGUGCUAUCACAACUGCUCAUUCUGUUGAAGCGGCACAAUAUGAUCCAUUAAUUGGGCGAAAAGUCAUGACGAGGUGGCCUGAUGAUAAUAAUUUCUAUGAGGCUGUUAUAAGUGAAUAUGAUGCGUUGAAGGGUCUUCAUCUUUUGACUUAUGAUUCAAACACUCCAAAUGAGACAUGGGAAUGGGUGAAUCUUGAAGAGAUUUCAAGUGAAGAUAUCAGAUGGGAAGGUGAGGAUCCUUAUAUCACUCACAGAUCAGGCAGGGGUGGACUAGGGAGAGGUGUUAAGAAGUCUCAAGGGGGUCCCUCUCCAGCUGGGGGUAGAGGGAGGGGCUUCUUGAAGAAUCAGCCCAGAAAGGAUUUUCAGCCGUCACAAAAUGGCCUAAAAAAGAGCGUGGAUGAAUUCGAGAUACUUAAUACCGAAACACUAAUUAAGGAGGUGGAGAUGAUUUUUGAAGCAACUCAUCUUGAUCCUCUUGAGUUUGAGAAGGCAAAGAAAGUUCUGAAGGAGCAUGAACAAUCUCUUUUGGAUGCAAUUGCAAGGCUUGCUGAUGCAUCAGAUGAUGAAAGUGAAAAUGAUGAUCAUCAUUUAGCCAACGGGCAAUUGAUGAACCGAGAUAGGACUUGGAGGAACCAGCAGUACAACGGAAAUCAACAUGCAGGUAACUACGACAAUGAAAUGGCAGCGGUUGGAAGGGAUGGUUUCGACGGUGAACACAUGAUUGGCGGUGGAUGAGUGUGAUUCUAACACACAAAUUCAGCGCAGAGCAUAAUUUUUGGUCAAAGAUGGAAGGAGUUUGCAUUAGUUAGUUUGUGGAGAGUAGCUCCCUAUUUAUAUUACUCACAAGUGUAAAAGUAGCAGGUUCAUAUUUGAGGGUAAAAUCUUCUGAUGAUAUAUUGUUAUUUUUUAUUGCACUGUUUUUGCAUCCAGUUGGAUGCUGGUGAUGCCUCUGUAAAAUAAUGGAAUGAAUAUCGCGCUUGCCUGUAAAUGACUUAGGUUGGUAGUGGCUUCCAGUUUUUGGCUUUGUUAUUUCA